UGUUUUUUUAGUCAGGCGUCGGGUUUGGCGCCAUGCACGGGUCCUUGUUCGCUUCACGGAAACCGACGACAGUGACCGAUGUUUGUUUUGCGACAGUUAGCUGCAGCAGAAUGCCUGCUGAACGCAAGCGCUCAGUAAACAUGGACGAAAAAGAAGUUGGCUCCUUCAGCAACAAGGAGAAAGACAAGGACAGAGACGGCGAGAGACGAGCGGCGUCCUCCCGGGACAAAAGCAAAGACGAGGCCAAGAUGAGCGGCAAAAAAGAUGGCAGCAGCAGCAAGGAGGAAAAGAGGAAGAGACUGGAGGAGGAGAAGAAGAAGAAAGAGGAGAAGGAGCGCAGGAAGAAGGAGGAGGAAAAACAGAAAGCGGAGGAGGAGCAGAAGAAGAAGGAGGAGGAGGAGAAGAGGCUGCAGGAGGAGCAGGAGAGGAAACUUCAAGAGGACGAGGCCAAAAGACAACGUGAGGAGGAGGCGGCUCUUCUCAAGGAGAAGGAGGAGGGGCAUCAGCUGCACCAGGAAGCCUGGGAGCGUCAUCACAGCAGGAAGGAGCUCCGCAGCAAGAACCAGAACGCCCACGAGGCCCGGCCCGAGGAGGCCUUCUUCAGCCGCCUGGACUCCAGCCUGAAGAAGAACACCGCCUUCGUCAAGAAGCUGCGGACGCUCACCGAGCAGCAGCGCGACUCGCUCUCCAACGACUUCUCCUCGCUCAACCUCAGCAAGUACAUCGGCGAGGCCGUCAGCUCCGUGGUGGAGGCCAAGCUGAAGAUCUCUGACGUGGGCUGCGCCGUCCACCUGUGCUCGCUCUUCCACCAGCGCUACGCCGAGUUCGCCCCGCUGCUGUUGCAGGCCUGGAAGAAGCACUUUGAGGCCAGGAAGGAGGAGAAAGCGCCCAACGUGAGCAAACUGCGCACGGACCUGCGCUUCAUCGCGGAGCUCACCAUCGUCGGCCUCUUCACGGACAAAGAGGGUCUGUCGCUCAUUUACGAGCAGCUGAAGAACAUCAUCAACACGGACCGCGAGACGCACACGCACGUGUCGGUGGUGAUCAGCUUCUGCAAACACUGCGGGGACGACAUCGCCGGGCUGAUGCCGCGCAGGGUCAAAGCGGCUGCAGAGAAGUUCGGCCUGACGUUCCCCCCGAGCGAGAUCAUCAGCUGCGAGAAGCAGCAGCCCUUCCAGAACCUUCUGAGGGAGUAUUUCACCUCCCUUACCAAACACCUGAAGAAGGACCACAGAGAGCUGCAGAACAUCGAGAGGCAGAACAGGCGUAUCCUUCACUCUAAAGGAGAGCUGAGUGAGGAUCGACACAAACAGUAUGAAGAGUUUGCCACUUCUUAUCAGAAGCUGUUGGCAAACACUCAUUCUCUGGCUGAUCUGCUGGAUGAAAACAUGCCGGAGCUGCCUCAGGACAAGACUGUGCAGGAGGAACACGGCCCCGGCAUCGACAUCUUCACUCCCGGUAAACCUGGCGAGUACGACCUGGAAGGAGGGAUCUGGGAGGACGAGGACGCUCGCAACUUCUACGAGAACAUGGUGGACUUGAAGGCCUUCGUCCCGGCCAUCCUCUUCAAGGACAACGAGAAGAGCGGCCAGGGCAAAGAGAAGGAUGACGCCAAAGACGGUAAAGAAGGGAAGGAAACGAGCAGCACCGCGGAGGAGCUGGAGCUGGAGCUGGAAGCUCUGGACAUCACAGAUGAACCUCUGGAGCUGGAGGGAGCGGACGAGGUGGAGAACGAAGAGCUGGCCAAGAAACUGCUGGACGAGCAAGCAGAACAAGAGGAGGAGGAGACAAACACGACGUCCCACCUGAAGCUCAUCGUGGACGCUUUCAUCCAGCAGCUCCCCAACUGUGUCAACAGAGACCUGAUUGACAAGGCGGCCAUGGACUUCUGCAUGAACAUGAACACCAAGUCCAACAGGAGGAAGCUGGUGCGAGCUCUUUUCACCGUGCCCCGGCAGAGGUUGGAUCUCCUUCCCUUCUACUCUCGCCUUGUGGCGACUCUUCAUCCGUGCAUGUCGGACGUGGCCGAGGACCUUUGCUCCAUGCUGAAGGGAGACUUCAGGUUUCAUAUCCGUAAGAAAGAUCAGAUCAACAUCGAGACCAAAAACAAAACGGUCCGGUUCAUCGGGGAACUGGCCAAGUUCAAGAUGUUCUCCAAAACAGACACGCUUCACUGUCUGAAGAUGCUGCUCUCUGACUUCACUCACCACCACAUAGAGAUGGCCUGCACUCUGCUGGAAACCUGCGGCCGCUUCCUCUUCAGAUCCCCGGACUCUCACCUGAGAACCAGCGUCCUGCUGGAGCAAAUGAUGCGCAAAAAGCAGGCGCAGCAUCUGGACGCCCGCUACGUGACCAUGGUGGAGAACGCCUACUACUACUGCAACCCUCCGCCCAUGGAGAAGACGGUGAGGAAGAGGCGGCCGCCGCUGCAGGAGUACAUCCGCAAGCUCCUCUACAAGGACCUGUCCAAGGUCACCACGGAGAAGGUGCUGAGGCAGAUGAGGAAGCUGCCGUGGCAGGACCCCGAGGUCAAGGGCUACCUCAUCUGCUGCAUGGUCAACAUCUGGAACGUCAAGUACAACAGCAUCCACUGCGUGGCCAACCUGCUGGCCGGCCUGGUGGCCUACCAGGAGGACGUGGGCAUCCACGUGGUGGACGGGGUCCUGGAGGACAUCCGGCUGGGCAUGGAGGUAAACCAGCCCAAGUUCAACCAGCGGCGCAUCAGCAGCGCCAAGUUCCUGGGCGAGCUCUACAACUACCGCAUGGUGGAGUCGGCCGUCAUCUUCCGCACCCUCUUCUCCUUCAUCUCGUUCGGCGUGAACCAGGACGGCAGCCCGAGUCCCCUGGACCCGCCGGAGCACCUGUUCCGCCUCCGCCUGGUCUGCACGCUGCUCGACACCUGCGGGCAGUACUUUGACCGCGGCUCCAGCAAGAGGAAGCUCGACUGUUUCCUCAUCUACUUCCAGCGUUACAUCUGGUGGAAGAAGAGCGUGGACGUGUGGACCAAAGAUCACCCGUUCCCCAUCGACAUCGACUACAUGAUCAGCGACACUCUGGAGCUGCUGCGGCCCAAAAUGAGACUGUGCUGCUCCCUGGACGAGGCCAUGAGGCAGGUCACCGACCUGGAGAGGGAGCUGCUCGUCAAGCUGGGGAUGGCGAUGGAGAGGGACGGACGCUCCAGCGCCAUGAGCGAAGGCGAGGCGAUGGACGAGGAGGAGGAGGACGACGACGACGAGGAGGGCGGAGCCGAGACCGAGGAGCAGUCGGGCAACGAGAGCGAGAUGAACGAGCAGGAAGAGGACGAGGGCUCAGAGAACGAGGAAGAGGAGAGAGAGGAAGAGGAAGAGGAGAACACGGACUAUCUGACCGACUCCAACAAAGAGAACGAGACCGAUGAGGAGAACAAUGAGGUGACGAUCCGCGGCGGUGGACUGAAACACGUGGCCUGUGCCGAGGACGAGGACUUCAUUCAGGCUCUGGAUAAGAUGAUGCUGGAGAAUCUGCAGCAGCGUAGUGGUGAGCCGGUGAAGGUUCACCAGCUGGACGUGGCCAUUCCUCUGCAGCUGAAGAGUCAGCUGAAGAAAGGAGGAGGAGGAGGAGGAGGGCAGUCGUGCCUCGGUGACGGAGAGUCGGACAUUUCCGAGACCAUGCAGUUCGUCAUGUUGACGCGCAAAGGAAACAAGCAGCAGUAUAAAAUCCUGAACGUGCCGCUGUCGUCUCACUUGGCCGCGAACCACUUCAACCAGCAGCAGGCGGAGCAGGAGGAGCGCAUGAGGAUGAAGAAACUCACACUGGACAUCAACGAGAGGCAGGAGCAAGAGGAUUAUCAGGAGAUGAUGCAGUCCCUCGCUCAGCGUCCCGCUCCCGCCAACACCAACCGGGAACGUCGGCCUCGAUACCAGCAUCCAAAAGGUGCUCCCAACGCCGACCUCAUCUUCAAGACCGGAGGAAGGAGACGCUGAUGGGAGUCUGGGUCCCGGGUUGAGCGAGCAAUAGAGCGAGCGACUGAACCAAUGAGAAAGAAGAAGAAGAAGAAGAGAGAGAGAGAGAGAGCGAGAGAAGAGACGAUCGGAGGGGAGACCGGUCUGAACCAGGGAGCGAGUCCAGAUGUCAGGACAGAGAAAACACACACACUGACCCGGCCGAAGCCACCGAGGACGAGACGCGACCAGGAGCCUGGGGUCAGAGGUCAAGGGUCAGAAAGACGGCUCUCUUUUCCUCUUUUUUUUGUCUGUUGUCUGAGAUGACACAAAGAAAAAACCCACAACAACAACUGUUCGGACCAACUACGACAACGACUGAACACCUGACCGGCCGACUGAUGGCGACAGGAAGUGGGCGGGGUCAGCGGAUCAAACUCCCGCUGUCACAACAGUUGGAGAAAAAACACGAGUAAAAUAAUAAUAAUAACGACGAUAACGUGAGACAAACGAGAGAUUUCUUCUUUUCCUCUUAGUGUUCUGGACUUGGGAACAUGUGAGUGCAGUCACAUGUGUGAACAGAGGGGGGCGCUGCAGCGGAGACAUGACAUUUUUACGGACUCGUCACACGGGGAUGUGCAGGAAGACGCUGACGUCUGAGACAUGGACGUGACGUUUCUGUUCUGGAGACACGUGUUGAUUCAGAGCGGUCUGUUAAAUGCAGCGCCACCUAGAGGUUAUUUUCAUUAUUGAUGGAAACCGUCAGACAAGAGAAGACGCGUUUGAGUGAGUUACACGUGAUCGUAACUCCACCCCUCUGCACUGGCGGCCAGUUUGAGACACGUGGGCUUUCUCGUUCAGUGACAAAAUGGCCGCCAGCAAGGACGUAAGAAAAAGCAGAUUUAGGUGACUUGACAAAAGACUUCUACGAUAUCUACGUCACAUGUUAGCGUCUUUAUCUCACUGUGAGACAGACUUUUCCAACAGGAAACUGAAGUUUGUGAACCACUCACUCUCCCACACCAAACCUCAUAGAGAAAAUCAGUGAUUUUAGCUCGUGGGGACACAGGAGCUGCUGGUCCUCUGCUGCCUCGUGUGGUCACUUUGUGUCACUGAGGACACUCCAAACAAAGGAUUUCAAACCCAGAAUUUUACAAAGUUAGACAUUAGAACUUAGUGAUGGAGGCAGCAGUGAGAUAAAGACAACACAUUAUCAGCUAAGUUUUUUGUUAAGUGACCAAAAUCUGUCCUUUCUUAGGUCCCAGAUGGCGGCCAUUUUGUCCCUGUGAACGUCCGUGUCUCCAAAUGGCCGCUAGCACAAACACAUUUGUUCAUUUUAGAGGGCGUUUAUUUUCCUGUAGAUGUAUUUGCCUAUAAAUUCAUAAUUUGCCCUUUUUUUGAGAAGAUAUACAACAUAAGGGAGCAGAGGAUCAUGGGAUAUCAUGGUUGCGUAUGAAGAUUAUUUGGGUUAUAAACUGAUCUGUUGCUAAUUUGCUCCGAUAUAUACGUUCCAUCGUUAUAAAGACGACGGCAUGAAAAUGUAUCUAUUCACACCUUUUUCUGUGUUGUGCUAAGCUAAGCUAACGUCGCGCUUGCCUCCAGACAGAAUUGGAGCAGUGAAUCGUGAGCGACGCACGACGCUAACUCACGAUAACUCUGAAUCAGCAGGAGUUUUUAUGCGAUCUUUGCAUCUUGGAGCGUCGCUGACACUGGACGUGUGUGUGUGUGUGUGUGUGUGUGGGGGGGGGGGGGGGCGUAAACCUCUGAGUGGACGUAUUUAAACCAGGGGUCUCAAAGUCACAUGACCCAGGGGCCAAUGCGCAUGCUUUCUGUGGUCAGGAGGGGGCGGGUCAAGUGAAAACAAGGAGUGAACGAUAUUCCAUCAUGAUGUUGCAUAUUAUGACAAUAACUCUUAGAUUUUCCUAAUAAAAGUGUUUAUUUUGUUGUGGAGUGACAAAGAACAACAUUCUGGGGCCUCAUGAGAUUGAUCGGGGGGCCGCGUGUGGCCCACGGAGCACAUGUUUGAGACCGAAUGUUUAUGCUGCGUUCCUUUACAUCGGAAGUUGUCACCUCCGACUUCACCGCGUUCCAGUUGAGAAGUUGGGUGGGGAAAAAUGAGGAUGCAAACGUAUCUCGGGAAAAUUCAGUACAGUGAAAUAUCGCAAUCUUUUGGGUGGUGAUGUUAUAUCGCAUUUGAGACCCCAAGUAUCUUAAAAAACGUUUAGUCCAGUAGAUGGUGGAGUAUAUCGAAAUAUAUGAUUUCGCAAAUGCUCAGUAUAUCGCAAUAUCGUGAUAAUAUCGCAUUGUGGCGUCUCUGCGGUGAUUCCCACCCCGAAAAGCAACGCGUAAAUACAGUUAAAAAAUUAUCUGUAUUUUACUGCGAAAUGAAAGUGUUUGUAAGUUUGUUCUCACGUAAGCGUUCCAUUUGUACUCCGAACUCGGAAUUUCCAAGGUUAGGUGAUACAGGAAUUGACGAGGAUUCUAAGAUGGCUGCCGCUCCUACAAACACUCCUACUUUUAACGUUUAAAGCACUUUUGUCGCAUUUGUUUCACGGUAAAUCAGUCGUACCGUUUAAUUUUUAACGUUGCUACGAUGUUUUUUGUGUGCGAAAUAUACCAUGUGGAACGUCGCUAAUGGUGGCUAACCCGAGAUACGUUUUUUUUGCACUGUAAAUGGAACGCAGCGUGACCUCGGAAAUUCCGACUUCCGAUAACAGCCGGAACGCAGCACAGUGAAAGUGAGUUUGUUUUGGGUCAGUGUCGUGUAACGUGGUGACACUUUAGUUUGUUUUUGUUCUCAAUCGUGAGUCUGUAUCCGUUUUUAUCGGUGGUAAUUAUAGAUAAAUAUACGUUGAAAUGUAUACGUUGUUUUUUCUGCUGCCACGCUGUGUGUUUUUGUUGCUUUUUUCUCGUUUCUUUUUCCUGCAGAAGAAAAGAAAGUCACGGCUUCGUGUCCCGAAUCACGGCGGAGACAGAAACCACCACAAUAAAAGCACGGAGAUGAUUUUCACCACUCUGAA